UCUCCCUUGAUUCCUCUCCCAUUCAGCAAACCGUCCCUGACUAACCAGUGGCUCCAUCGCAGAGAGAAAACAAACAACCCCACAGGCUUACGUCACUGCAAGAGAGGAACAAGCUCCAGUCGAAGGAACUCCAAGAACAAAUCCACGAUGGUGUCUGCCGGGUUUCAAAUGCUGGGCUCGGUCCUGGGGAUCCUGGGCUGGAUCGGUGCCAUUGUUGUGUGUGCCAUCCCCAUGUGGAAGGUCACUGCUUUCAUUGGCAGCAACAUUGUGACUUCGCAGACCUCCUGGGAAGGUAUUUGGAUGAGCUGUGUGCACCAGAGCACAGGUCAGAUGCAGUGUAAGGUCUACGACUCCAUGCUGGCCCUCAGCUCCGACCUACAGGCUGCCAGGGCCCUGACCAUCAUCGCCAUCGUGGUGGGAAUCUUGGCCAUCCUGCUCUCUGUAGCUGGGGGGCAAUGCACCAACUGUGUGGACGAUCCGUCAUCCAAGGCCAAGGUGGGCAUUGCCGCCGGGGUUAUGUUCAUUGCAGCUGGGGUCCUCUGCCUCAUCCCUGUGUGCUGGACAGCCCACACCAUCAUCCGGGACUUCUACAACCCGAUGCUGGUCAGCGCCCAGAAGAGAGAGCUGGGUGCUGCGCUCUACAUUGGCUGGGGCGCAGCCGCUUUGAUGCUGAUUGGAGGGGGGAUGCUGUGCUGCAACUGCCCCAAAAAGGAUGAAGGGUCCUACACUACAAAGUACAAAGCUGCCAGAUCUGAAGCCUCAGCACCAGCAUCAGGGAAAGACUAUGUUUGAAUCUCCUCUAGAAAUGAGUGGCUUCCAAAAACCACUGUUUACAGGGACAAAUACACUGGCGCUACUGGGCUGUGAGUGUCGAUCAUUCAGGAUGUUUCUUGAUCAAGAACUUACUCCCCAUGAGCACAUUUAAAGGAAAAUAAAAGCAAGAGAGGAACCACACUCAAAGAGGAAACUCAGUUUUAUUUUAACACAGUUCAUUGUAUGUGUAUGGCUGUAGAAACAUUUUCUUGUUCGUAAAAAUAUUUUAUAACCUCUGUCUUAUUAACCACUAUCUUAUAAUUCUCACUUUUUUUGCCAUGUUUAUGUGGGUUUUUUUUUUUAUGAAGUAUUUGUAUGAAAAUCAUGAUGUGCUGGUUAUACUGUAAAUAAAUAUUCGUUUACGAUUCUGA